AGGUGGUGAUGGAUAAUGGAAUACUGAAAUUGACAUUAUCAGUACCAGGAGGAGCUAUCAUCGGAAUUCAAUAUAAUGGAAUUGACAAUUUGCUUGAACUUCAUAAUCCCCAACUCAAUGGAGGGUUCUGGGACCUUAAUUGGGCUAAACCAGGAAACAUUGGAACAAGAGGCCAAUUUGAUGUACUUAAUGGAACAAGCUUCGAGGUGAUAAUGGAAAAUAAAGAACAAGUGGAGCUCUCAUUCAAAAGGCCAUGGGACACCUCUCUUCAGGGUAACCACUCCCCCUUAAACAUUGACAAAAGGUUUAUAAUGCUUCGUGGUUGCUCUGGUUUCUAUUCAUAUGCCAUUUAUGAACACUUGGAGGACAUGCCUGCUUUCAUCCUCUACGAAACCAGGAUUGCUUUUAUGCUCAAAAUUGACAAGUUUAGGUACAUGGCUAUAGCAGAUGACAAGCAAAGGUACAUGCCCUUGCCGGAUGACCGGUUACCUGGCAGAGGUGAAGAACUGGCCUACCCAGAAGCAGUCCUUCUUGUUAAUCCUGUGGAGCCUCAAUUUAAAGGAGAGGUGGAUGACAAGUAUGAAUAUUCAAUUGAGAACAAAGAUAACGGGGUUCAUGGGUGGAUAUGCUUUGAUCCACCAGUUGGGUUUUGGCAAAUCUGUCCCAGCAAUGAGUUCAGAACUGGGAGUCCAACCAAACAGGACCUAACCUCUCAUGUCAAUCCAACUACUCUUGCUAUGUUUGUAAGUGCCCAUUAUGGAGGAGAGGAAUUGUCACCCCAAUUUGGAUCUGGGGAACCAUGGAAGAAAGUUUUCGGACCAGUUUUUAUAUAUCUUAAUUCUGUCUCUGAUGAAAAGAAUGCCCUUUCACUUUGGGACAAUGCCAAAGAACAGAUGAAGGUUGAAAUCCAAAGCUGGCCAUACAAUUUCCCAAAUUCAACGGACUUUCCAAAGUCUGAUCAAAGGGGUACUGUCACUGGUAGAUUUCUUGUCCACGAUAGGUAUGCUAGUGAACAACCUCUACCCACCAACGGUGCAUAUGUGGGGUUGGCUCUAGAGGGAGAAGCUGGAUCAUGGCAAAGAGAAAGUAAGGGCUAUCAAUUUUGGACUACAACAGAUGAAGAAGGCUAUUUUUGCAUUAAGAAUAUACGUGCAGGCGACUAUAAUCUUUAUGGAUGGGUACCUGGUUUUAUUGGAGAUUAUCGUCUUGAUGCUUCCGUCAUCAUAACCCCAGGAUGUGAAAUGGAUAUGGGUGAUCAAGUAUAUGAGCCUCCAAGAGAUGGACCAACACUAUGGGAAUAAGGCAUUCCUGACGUUCUGCCUGAAGAAUUCUAUAUUCCUGAACCUAAUCCUAAAUACAUAAACAAACUUUAUGUUAAUCAUCCGGACAGAUAUAGGCAGUAUGGACUGUGGGAAAGAUAUGCAGAUUUAUAUCCUGAUGGUGACUUAGUUUACAUAGUUGGCGUUAGUGAUUAUCGUAAAGAUUGGUUCUUUGCUCAGGUUAAUAGGUACAAAAUUUUCUAAAAUUAAUCUGGUUUAUCUUAAUUAAGUGAAUGUUUAUGAUUGGCUU